AUGUCCACAUCGCCUUCACCGAAGAGGACAGAAGAGGCCCAGUAUCCGACAUUCUCGACACAACCGUCACAUCUCUCCCUCCACCAUGCCGACCCUCAUGAUGACGAUGAUACCCAGCAACCUGCUUCAUCUUCCUCGGCAAGCCAACUCGACACCACACCGAACCACGGUCAGCCUGCUCAGAGCUCAAAAGCCAACUCAUAUCGCUCCCGAUCGCAACACAUACAUGCCGACGAUCCGGAAGAAGCGGACAGCGACGCAGCCUCCGAAUUCGAUGCUUUUAUGCGCCAAGGCCGGAUCGAUGUAGGCCAAGCGUGGGACGACAGCAGCGACGAAGACGACAACGGCUAUCCUCUGCAUCAAGAUCGCACACUGCCACUGUCAGCGACUGGAAGCAGUGCCGCACGGAGAGGCAGAAGAAGAGCAAGGAAAGACCGUCCAGAAUCGGUGUUGCAGACCUUGCGACGGUCACGCGAGCAUCGAAAAGCAUGGUGGAAGUUUCUCACCAAUCCUAGCACCCCUGCUAGUCUUUCAGCUCCCCACGUAUCAGCAAACCUGUUCUCAGCCAGCUUGCAUCCCGCUGUGCUACUUUCAAUGCCCCACUACUUUGCACGCACUGGUGUAUUGCUCGGAACUAUCGGUCUGGUUGGUGUAGCUAGCUUAGGAGGAGUCGGUGGAGGUCUAUGGGUUGUGCUCAGUCGCUACGUCAAUGGCAGCUCAAUAGAAGCGAUUGUAGGUGCUAGCUUUGGCAGGUAUACACCCUGGAAAGGAGGUCUCGGUAGAGUCGUAUCGGGACUGCUGCUCGCCCUCUAUGCAACGGGAAGCGCCAUCAUCGGCUACUUUGCCCUCGCAGAUCUUCUCCUACAGGUGUUCUUCAACUACGCUCCUCGUGGCGUACCUCUGCAUGACCGCGCCUUUGUAACGCUAGUCGUCGGCGGUGCCAUCUCGGUGCCGCUUGUCAUCUUUCCGCUCGCCAAGCGUAACGUCAUCCGCCUCAACACAUUCUUCUCUCUAACGUUCUACCCCAUCAUCAUUACCAUCACUCUCGUCAAGAUCUACGCCAGAACCCCGUCAGUAGGAGACGCCUCAUUAUCACACACCACACAGGCAUUCUAUUCCGAGAGAGCCAACUAUGGUCGUAGUGAUCGAUGGCCGAAUGUCAACCCUUUGCAUCCACCCUCGAUCUGGGCGCCUAUCUCACUUCUGCCAUUGAUGACGCUCAGUGCAUGCCCUUUGCAGAUCCUGGCACAUCAACGCAGCCUGCGUCGGAUUGGCACCUCCCGCUCCAAUGUCAAAGCUUUCCUUGGCGCACAAGCUGGACAGGUCAUCUUCAUCAUCACCAUGGGCAUCCUCUUUGGCGUUGUGGCAGGUGUCAAUGGUGUUCAAGGCCGGCUGCGGAAGGAGGUUCACCCAAAUCUGUUUGCAUCGCUUCCGAACGACGAUCACUGGAUCAAUGUGGCGCGCAUCCUGUUUGUGGCAAUCCUGGCCACCCAUUUAGCCAUCUGCUUGACGACCGCCCGUUCAUCGUGGGGUCGAUUGCUACGCCUGCUCAACUUGAACCCGCUUCGCAAGCGCCGACCGCCCAUCCGGCUUCCUGACGAUGAGCCAACAGCAACCCCUUCGCUUGCCGCAGGAAUGAGCGCCGAGAUUGCAGCUUCCAAUGCUGAAACCGGACACCACGCGGCACAAGAUGGUUCUCAAAUAGGCAAGUGGAAGCGCAGGUGGGGCAAGCCCGCACGCAAUGCAUUGGCGGGUCUCUUGCUAUGGGGCAUCACCGCUUCGAGCGCCUAUCUGUCGGGAGCAGGCGGGUUUCGAAGGAGCGAAAAGGAAGGCGAGGAAGCUAGGUUCACGCGAGCGUCCGAGGUGCUGGGUCUCAUCGGUGCCGGUGUCGGCUUUGUGAUGCCCGGCCUUGUGUGGAUGAUUCUGUUCCACAUCCGACGUCCGCGUGCAAUACUGCCGCCAUUCGCAAGCGAUAUCGGCAAGACAGCGUCCGCCUACUUUUCCGGACCGCUCUCGAUGCUGGCACGCAACCGUAAGUACCUGUUUGGCUCGAGGGGAGCUUCGGGUCAAGGAGUGGUGGCUGAGAGGCAGCCAUUGUUGGGUGAUCAAGGAGAAGUCGUCGAAGAGGAUGAACAAGGUGAAGGGACAACGCCAUCGCAACUCGCAGCAAACCAACUUCCAGAAUUACACUCGCACCGUUCGAGCCGACACAGUGCUUCCAUGACGCUGGAUCGGGACUCACCGUCGAUUCCAAGUCAUUUAACCGAACAGACCAACCAAGAUAGGGACGAAGCGACCACCAUCCUUCUGGCACGUAAGGAACGUCAGCUUCAACGCAGAACACGUGGAAAGCGCAUCUACCAGGAUGUCGUCGUUUUCGCAGCUGUCCUGCCUUUCGGCUUUGCAUUGCUCAUCCUCGGAGCUAUCGAGCUACACCGUGGCGGCUACUGA